CUGGAUAUUUCGUUUAUCUAUGAAAUUCAUUUGUUGGACGUAAAUAAUUGCAAUGUGUAGCAUUGGCGAAGAUGAUUUUGGCGACGAGGGAGCCGCCCACGCCAUGGUGGCCGAAUCUCUUCUAUCGGGCAUCGUUCUCAGCCCAGGGGACUGCAACAAAUGCGGAGUGACCUCCAGCGAACUCUACAAACUCAACUUCCGGACGGCGGAGUGCCGUGACUGCUUUCUGGCGUAUGCGAGGCACAAGUUCCGGGCAGCUCUGGGAGCAGCCAAGAUCCUGCCCAGAAACGCCGAGGUGCUCCUAGUGCUAGACGGCUCGGCGGAGUCCCUUGUGCUUCUGGACAUGCUACACUUCGCACAAACACAAAACACCUUCAAAAGGCUGCAUUGCAAUGCACGUGUGGUCUACGUGGAGGAUCAGCCGGUUCAGGGACGUGAUCCAGUGGACAUGGAGGCGGCCAAAAGCCUUUCUGUACAAUAUGCUCCCUUUGAGUUUCAUGUGAUUGAGCUGGGUGCUUUGCCCAGCUCUCUGCAGCGGAUAAAGGACUACAGCCCUUCCCCCAAAGAAGCCAACGGGCUUGACCAGAAGCUCCAGAAAUUGCGCACCCUAACUGCUCGCCAGGAUUACCUGCAGCAGCAGCGCAAGAACCUUAUUGCCUCGGUGGCCCAGGAGCUGCAAUGCAGUCAUGUCUUUGAGCCCAGCAUAAGUGUGGAUUUGGCCACUCAGCUGCUGACUGCGAUAGCAUUGGGACGUGGUGGCAGUGCCGCCUUGGAUGUGGCUCUCCUCGACGAUCGGCUGGCUGGUGAUGUCAAAUUGCUGCGACCCCUCAAGGACCUAAACGAACAGGAGAUCCAGUUCUAUAUACAUGCUCAGCGACUCAAGCCGCUUGUCCAGAGUGGUUUACGUUAUGGCCAGGAGAGGGGGCCGACUGCCAGCAUACAGAACCUCACGUCCGCCUUUGUGGCUAACCUGCAGCAAAACUACGCUUCCACCGUUUCCACAGUGUUUCGAACUGGCGACAAAAUAGCCGCCAAUGCCCACCCAGAGCAGAGCACUUGUGUUCAUUGCCAGUCCUCGCUGGACUCCACGCUUUCCGACACUCUGCUGGCCAUCGAGUACUCCAGAUCCGUUUCAGAAGCCGGCGUAGGCCUGUAUAAGAACGGAGAAGACCUUGAGGGUUUGGCCAAAAAGCGACUGGAGUCGCAGGAUGGCCUGUGCCACGCCUGCCGCGGUAUACAGUCGGAGUUGGAGAGCGCUUGUUAUUAACGAGUGGCUCCAGUGGCAAAUGACCAUCGCAGGGCGGGACGUUGGAGGCCAGCAAGACCUUGUGGAAAUCGAAGACUAUGUAGCGAUUGUACUGUUUAGCUUUUCGAUUAAUUUCGUUUACCGAUCCC